AUGGCGUCGCUAGUAUCCCCAUUUCGGUCAACGUACCGCUACCUUCAACGCCAAGCACACGAAAAUCCAGUCAUCCUAUGGUCAUGCGUCUUUGGACUCGCUGGACCUGUCCUCGCGGUUGCCGUCCCGCCUAUCCGUAAAAGCUUGGGAUGGAAACCUACGCCGGAGAUACCUACUUCGUAUCCUUUGCCAAAACGACCAAGGCGACCAGUAUCGGGAUAUGAGGACGAGUGA